AGAAAAAAAAAAGAAAAAGAUUUCGCAAUACUCCCAGGCACGGCUUAGUGGAAACCAAACAAUAACAGCUUCUCCGAUGCUUCCGUGCUGUUUGGGGAAAAACAACCUGUUUAAUCGCUGUACGUGUGGAUGAUUGGCAAGGUUUAAACCUUGAUAAGAACCGUACAAGCGCGCAGUCGCAACCAGCAGCAACCAGGCUUUUGACAGCAUUCAGCACCAUCCAGCAGCUGGCGAAGGUGCAGACGUGAGCGCGCGAGAGAGGCAGCGGAUCCAAAUGAGCAAGCAGCCGCAGCAGAAGUUAACCAGCACAGAUCAGAACGGAGUGAGCGUCAUACAGAGCCAGGCUCAUAGCAGCGCAGCAAACUCUGCAGGAGCUACAGCAGGACUGCAGCAGGUUCCUCAACUCGUCGCAGUAAGCCCCGGCGGAGGUGGCAAAGCCACGCCACCCAGCAAGAUGAAGAAGACGAUACUGGACAAGGACAGCGAGGAGUACAGGCAGCGGCGCGAGCGCAACAACCUGGCCGUGAAGAAGAGCCGCAUGCGCAGCAAGCAGAAGGCGCAGGACACGCAGCAGCGCGUCAACGAGCUCAAAGAGGAGAACGAGAGAUUGGAGGCCAAGAUCAAGCUACUCAGCAAAGAGCUCAGUGUGCUCAAAGACCUGUUCCUGGAGCACGCACACAACCUGGCCGACAACGUGCAGCCUGCUUCCGCGGCAACCGUCGCCCCUGGAGACCUCUGUAACAACAACAACAACAGCCAGUGAGAUUGAGUCACUCGUUAGGGGUGGCAACUCUGUACUAUAAUAUCUUGUUUAACCUUUUCUUAAAGAAAUGGAAAAAUUUCUUAAUUUUUUAGGCCAUUUGCAUUUCAGAAGAAUGAAGCUUCCCCCCACUAGGCAUCAGAUAAAAAUACUAUAAUUAUAAUUAUUAGCACUCUGGACUUUAAAAUUAGUAAUAAAUGGUUUAUUUCCCGAACUGAACCAUCAGAUGCACUGCGCGAUUCGGAUUUGGAUUGGAAUCGGGCGUUUUUCUCUCAGUUCGUGGGUUGUACGUGAUCCCUCUCAUCUUUGUUCCUAAACUGAGAUAUUGUUCUCCAUCUGACGCGGUGUGUAAAUAAGCAUGGAGGGAAUGCGGAAAAGCAUUAGCAGAGCUUAGGAAUGCCGUAGGGUUGGAUUUUUUUUUUCUGUUUAAGACUACAGCGAGUCACUAAAAGAGAUUUGUUGUUGUUUUCGACGCGGCUUUUCGCAAAAGCCUGGCUGCCGUUUUGGCAGCUUGUCAGAUUCAUAAGAAAUGCUCCAAGCAUGUUCAGGCAAAUCGUUCCGACUCCCGCAAGGCAACGGCAAAGAAAUGAGAUGGGAAGAAGAGACAAAAGGAGCAGUGUCCUGGAAACAGAUUGAAAUUAUACCCGAGGGCUGUUUUUAAGGGGCUUCCCCCAUCUCCUUGUAUGAUAUGUUUGUUAUAAGCGCUUUUUGUUUAACUUAAAAGAUGUUCCUGAGACAGAGAGUCAGUCAGCGAUGGACGUGCACGAUCAUGGAAGUUAGAUGGUCGUGUAAAUUUGGUUGACGUUCAGCUCUGGUGAGAUGAAAUUGCAGGGGUGGACAAAUCAAGAGCCCAGGACAAUAAACAAACAAACAAAUAAAUAAACACUAUUCCUUUAUUGACUUUCAUGAAACAAAAUUUUCAUUUGGUACGUAGUUAAGUUUAAACGUAGUGCACUUUGUGUGACGUGUCUCGAUUCUGUAACUAUAGCGCAAGCUUCUCACGCUAGAUCGCACCACUUGCUGUACUACACACAUCACCCGAAAUAGAUAGAACCGUUUGUUUACUAGAAGUUUUUUUUCUUUCCUUAAUUUAGUGUACAUGGAUGACUUUUUAGAAUCAGAAACACACAGGAAUGUCCAAAACCGAGCAAAAUAAAGUGCAGCACAAAGCCGUCAUGUAUUUCUCCUGCCUACUACACACACAAAUAAAGACGCUACCCAGACUCAAAUAUUAUCUUUUACGUGCGUUGUGAGGACAGAGCAUCACAUCUCGUGCCUAAAACAUUGACUAACAGCUUUCUUUCGCGUCGAGGGCGCAAACACAGUAUGCUACGUGAGCUUUACCACGUCGAUCGUUACUCUUAAUGCACUUAAUUAGAGAACUAUCUCACCAUACGUUAUUAUAUUACCGCUUUAUAGCCGUCAAUUAGGUUUCCAGGCAACUAAAACAUGGGACUGGGUAGCACACUGCAGCUGGUAGGCUAUGUGAUAGAGUUCCGAUUUGUCCACCCCUGAAUUACACACAGAUGUAAAUAAUGUAUUUUAUUUUUUUGUUCUGUUUGGAAGAAACAAUCCCUCAAGUUUUCCCUAAGAACAAGAACCUUCCUAUUAUGUCUGGAUUUUUUUUUUUUUUUUUUUUUUUUUUUUUUUUUUUUUUUUUUUUUUUUUUUUUGCUUGCAGAAAUGCAGCUCAUGCUUAGAGAUCAGUCCUGUGCUGGGACGGAAGAACCAGACAGCGUGGACAGCCUGAGUGUGCUGAGCGUGUUGCAUCAGACCAAACAGCAGACAGUGCUGGCGUUCACAAAAUCCGUUAAAUUGCACUUGAGCCUCAAACCCUUCUUACAAAACUAUCCCGGGCAUAGACAGACAGACAGAGAGAGAGAGAGAGAGAGAGUGGGAUGGGACGGGACGGGACACACUGUCUGGGGUGUUGGUCGAAUAAAAAAAACAACUCAAACCGAUUUCAUCACCGCAGCCCGUGGUCCGGUCUGUCUGCGUCUCCGUCUGAUGUGUGUUUGUGUGUUUGUCUCGGUACAUAGCAGAGGCUUAGACACUGAGGGUGGAUUCUUGCUGACUCACUGAUUAGGCUUCUGAAAAAUACAGAAGCAUGCAGUGAUUAAAAAAAUAGUUCAGCAUAGUCAUUUGUUUUCUUUUGCUUUCACGAUUCUCUGACAGCCAAAAUCUUUAUAGCAUUUCUACACUGACUUUUUGUACCUCAGGCUACGCCACUAAAGAGACUUUAGUGUAUUUGUACACCUGCUUAAAAGAAAAGAAAAAAAAAAAACAUACACACAAGUAGACAAGGUGACCUAGGUGAUAGUGAAAACUUAAGCAUCUUUUCUCGGAUUCUUUUGUAAUAUUCUUUUGUCAUUUUCUAUAUCUUUAGGUUUUAAAGGUUUGAAAAAAAGCAUGAUGCAUGGUUAUAGCACUGUUCAGGUAAAAAAAAAAAUGCACAAUGUGUUAACAGAUUAGGCUUUGAAAUGGGAGCGGAGUGAAAAAGAAAAAAAAAAAAAAAUCAAAGAACCGAUUAUGUUGUCCAUGUUAUGUUCUUCAAAUAUUUGAUUAGCAUUUUUGCUGAAGUAUGAGCGUUGCUGGCCAACUUGCUUUUUUAUAUAAGACUGGGUUAUUGUGCAUUGUAAAUUAAAAUUGAUUACAAAAUGUCAA